CACUUGAGUCAUCCAAAUCUCACCCUACUACUUCCAAAUCUAACCAGAUCAUACCCCUAAUUUCACAUUUCCGAUUCACCCACUUAUUCUUGUUCAUUAUACUAGAUCUUUCAACUUCAUUAAUGGCAGAAACAAAAGAUCUUGACCAUCAUCUCGUCGAAAUCCCGGCCGACGGAGACCACCACAAGAAACUAAUCGCCGCCAUACAAGACCACCCGCUAAUGGAAAUCUCCGAUUCCCCGGGCCAUCUAUUGCUCCUGAAGCUGUUACAAAGAGAAGAAGAUCUCUCGGGCCGCAGAAUCGCCGGAAAAGAAAGAAGAUUGGAUACUCUCAAGCGAGAAGUUUUCCAACUUUGCCUCUUUUUCUUCGCAUUUCACGGUCUAUUCUUGACGAUUUUAUUCGGGUCAUCGAGUAAUGAUUUGGGUGUUUCUGUUUGUCGAAAAUGGUGGAUACCGAUGAUUACUUCGUUAUCCUUUUGUCUAGUGAUGGUGUUUUUGGUACAGAUGAAGCUUUUUCAGUACUGGAAAGUGUACGGACAGAUUCUGAGGGAGAAAACCGACAAUCGGAGUUUAACGAGGUGCAUUCAGGAGUUGAGGAUGAAAGGGGUUAGUUUUGAUUUGUCGAAAGAGCCUGGAAAUGGAAAGAAGAUGAAGAGUUCUAGCGUCGAGAUUAAAUGGAAGCCGGUCGAUUGGUGUUGUCGGUAUGUCGUCACUAUUGGUCUUGUUGCAGUUUCUGGUUUGGUUCUGCCUGUUUGCAAGUUCAUGAUCUGUUCUUAAAGGGUUUUGGUGAAGUGGGAAUGAAGCGUUUUGGUCCGAUUGAUUGGAAUAUAAAUGGGCCAAAUUUAGCAAGUGUGUGUUUGUUCGACUGGAUUUUGGUCUCUUUAACCAGAAGAGUGACACGUGUUAUUCGAUCAUAGGGAAAUCUAGCCUUGGGAAAUUUGAUUUUAGUUAACUGUUCUAUUUAUUGAUUUAUUGUUUUCGAAGUUGUAAAAUUUCACCCCAAUAAAAUAUUUAUUUUAGAGUUAAAUGUCA